AUGUCAUCCUCCUCCUCCUCAAAUCGCGCUUCCGCCUCGGGCGGGCGUGACAAGAUCAACGUCCUCUUCUGCUGCCUCGGCAACAUCUGUCGCUCACCCAUGGCGCUGGCCGUCUUCGAGGACACGUGCGUGCAAGCCGGCGUGCGCGAUCGAUUCGGCACGCUCGACUCGUGCGGCACAGGCAACUACCACGAGGGCGAAGAACCCGACGAACGAACAACCGCGCUCCUUGUGCGCAGAAACAUCCCCUACGACGCCGAGAACUUUGCCCGCGGUGUGCGCGAUGCCGACUUUACCACCUUCCACUACAUUUUCGGGAUGGACACCAACAAUGUGCGUAACCUCAAGACCAUGGCUCCGCGAGGAUGCACCGCGCAGAUCAGACUGUUUGGUGAGGUGGAUGAUAACAAGCCCAUCGCCGAUCCGUACUACAUCGGCGGCAAGCAAGGGUUUGAGACCACGUAUAAGCAGGUGCGAAGGUACUCCGAGAAGUUCCUGCAGGAACUCGGUCUCACUAAAGCAGAGUAG